AGGUCGUGUGCAACAAGACCUGGACCAAAAGGUUCAAGACUGCCAAUUCAAGAGAUUAUGCAGUAGCUUUCUGUUUCACAUUCGAAUUCGGCAGUAUGUCCAAUGUUGACAGGAAGAGAAAAGCGAACGGCGACCAAAAUCUGACCCCUCGAAAAAAGUUUCAGAAAGAUCAGGCUGGAGCCUUCAACGACAGACAAUCCCAUAAUGCUAUCUCGAGUAACCACUCCAGUCCUGGAUCUCUUCCUCCAUUACCGGACAUCGACGAAAAGUACGUCGAUGAGGUCUUCACUCACGUGACCGUCUCUGCAAACACCAACUACGACAGACUCGAAUUCCUUGGAGAUGCCUACAUUGAAGUGAUCGCUUCGCAAUUGAUCUAUGAGAGGAUUCCGACCCUUCCAGCAGGUCGUAUGUCACAGCUCCGAGAGUCGCUCGUCAAGAACGAAACUCUAGGACAAUACACAGUGCUCUAUGGGCUCGACAAGCGACUCAAACAAUUCAAGCGAAUCCAGAACGAAUCGAAACAAGCAGCAUGGCUCAAAAUUAAAGGUGACGUCUUCGAAGCCUACGUCGCAGCCGUGGUACUCUCAACGCCAGACGGCUUCUCUACCGUCAAGACGUUUUUGACGCAGCUGUGGGCACCCAAAGUGGAUGCCGUGGUCGCUGAACCCAGAGCGUCAUUGAAGAGCAAAGAAGAACUUGGAAGGAAACUCUUGGGGAAGGGUGUCACAAUUAGCUAUGUCGAUGAACGAGAGCCUGUCAUCCAUUACGGCCAAGGAAAGGAGACCUAUUAUGUUGGAGUUUACUUGACUGGCUGGGGUUGGGAGAAUCAGUAUCUAGGCAGCGGCAAGGGGUUGAGCAAGGGUGUUGCAGGACAGGAAGCUGCGGCUGCGGCUCUGAAGAACCAUCCUCUCAUCGAUGAGAUUGUCGCCGUCAGGAACGCCUUCUAUGAGCAGAAGAAGGAGGAGGAUAGGCAAAAAGAAAACCUCGAGAAGGAAUGAAAAAGCGAAACAUCAAGCUGAGACGUCAGCAUUUUGCGCUGUUAACGAAAGCCCGGACAAUUGUUUGCGCGACUGCAAGCUUACAUGUGCGACAUCAAAGCUUGGAGGGUCGGAACAGAAAACGCUCCAGAUGCUCUCAGAACCCUCCAAAACGAAUGCUCAUAUCGUGCUCCUAAUCCACAAAAGCGCUUUUAUCCGCAAAUCCCUGGCCCUGGCCCAGGAUCUCGCUAACCCAUAACACUCUCCGUUUACCAACGAGCCGUCCAUUCACAACUGAACAUCGCAACGGCACGCCACCAUCCAUCGCCUUCAUGCCUCGACACUCUCUGAACAAUCACAAGACGGACAAUCGAGGUGUAUCCCCAAUGUGGCGGAAGAAGACAGGGGUGUACUGCAGCAACACCUGUCCAUGUCAGCAUUUUCCAGAGGAAACAACUUCGAGCUCACCCACCUGAAUGAGGAACUGAUGCCUCGUCCAUUCAUCCAAUUGAUCAUCCGAAAAUAUCGGACUCCUCACUCUCAGUGCUUUCUCUCCGGGUCGAAAUCUUUGUCAUGCGUGGUGGCGUGAAGAACUCUUUGUCUACCUCCUCAUUCCGAAGAUCUUGAUCAGUUUCGAGAGCCAGCUGUUCUUUGACCGGACUUGGAGUCUUCAUCUGCGCUUCUGACCGACGGACUUGAUGGGGUGGAGUGAACGGUAAGGAGUUCUCAAUGUUCAAAUCACCAAUGUCGACGGUAUUGUCCUCCUUGCUGGCCGUCUUUUUGCGAUGCACAAUGCCAGAAACGAAUUUGUCCUUUAUCUUCUUCAAUACUCGGCGACGCUUGCCAGUCUUUGUUUCGGGCUCGGUUGUGACGAGGUUUGCCGAGUCAGUUUGGGCGAGGGUCUUUGUUCCCAUGAACGUCCAAUUCUUCCGUGCAGCGUCGAAGUCGCAAGUCUUGUCUCCUGCCGCUCGGCCGCUUGUCAAUGACACUUUCCCAUUGUCGAAUUCUGUGAAGCUGGAUAUGCUGUUGUACGAGUAUGCCAAUGACUCGGUACUUUCCCAAGUCUGAUGGCUUCCCGCAUCAGCAUCAUAUGCCUCGCUGCUGCUCGGUGAUGCAUACUGAUAGCUGACCAAACCUUCACCAUCCCGGACGAGCUCGAAGACUCCACCACUACGACCAGCCACGAUGCGACGUUGUCGACGUGCCUCUGCGUUCACUGAGGAGGUUUGAUCCAUGUUGAUCGUUGUUGUUGAUGGUUGUCGACCGGCGACGGACGGACCCUGCUCGACUAGUGGAUCGUGACACUUCAAAGACUUGCUUAACUACGCGAUUCCUGCGCGAUCGAUCCAGAGAGUUAACAAAAAGUUUCGAAAGGUGGCGAAGAGUACCAAAGGAUCGAGCUACGAUGUCCAGAAAAAGGAGAUGUUGUGUCGGGACGGUGGUGCUGAUACACGGACUUAACAUCACGACAUGUUGGGCAGUAUCCUCUUUCACAACAACUGUUACAACACACGACAUCACUUCCCAGAACGCGCAACAAAGUCUGGCCGGCGUGAAUGCGUGUCGGCUGGGCGUUGCUAUGGUUGCUGGUGACCGUAUAUUGAAGAGCGGCAUGAAUACUUGUCAAGCAGAAUGGAAGUGCAGGCAAAGACAUGGCGGACAAAAGGGGAACUAUGCAGGUCUCUGCUUGAGGAUCUGCAAGAACCCGUGAGGACGUGGAUUCAUGGCAGAAAGCUUGGAUGCAUGGCACUCGACGACUUCUGUGCUUGCGACGGCAAACCAAGCAUUUGGAAUCCGAAAUUAGGAAGAGAGUUGAUUACCUUCUCUGGUGCACCAGAGGGAAUUCUGUUUCUGUGCUAGUCAACACAUCUCUUCAUACCGAUUGAUGCAAUUCCAUAGAAAGAGACCGUGCCUCUUAUCUAUGCAAUUCAGCCCCUUGAAGCUUUACACGAGGCAGGUUUCUUGUAGCUACGCGAGAAGUCGAACCUGUGCAUCAUGAAUAGAGCAUUCAUCACCGGUAACUAUUAAGUAGUGG